AUGGAAAACCGCACCUGCUACAAGCAACAGCGGCCAAAGUCGGAAUUCCUCCCCGACCCGGCCAAUGUUGACACUUCUGGUUGGAUCAGGGCAACCUCUGGAUAUGCUGGCUUGAUUGCUCUGUCGAGAACCAACUCGGAAGCUACUCAUGUGUCAGGAGCACGCCAACCCGCAAGCAUGCAGCAGCACGUCUCGUCUCGUCCCGCCGUCCAACGCAGGCCACACACGUCUGGAGAGAGCGAAGGCAUCGACAAUGCGUCGCCAGAGAUAGAGAUAUGUCCGUCGGUGGCGAUGCUUGACUUUGCGACCUACUCAGAGUCCAUCCACAGCUCGCAGGCUCGGCCGGGACAACCACCGUUGGGCAACAACGCAAGCGGCGAGGUGGGCGGCGCAAGGAAUGCCGUCGCGUCACAGAACCCCUGCGACUGGGGAGACUGGAUGAACGAAAACAGCAACAAGGCGUAUCAGCGCCACAGCUCACCGGCUCAUCAUCAGGGGAAAGGAGCACCGGGCAGCAGCUCCAAGUUCAAGAGGUUUUGGCGCAGGCUGUCCACCGGCCGCAGCCCACCAGCCCAGGCCGGCGACGGCGGAAUCCAGUCCAACCGGCGCAGGGCGACCUCGGCACACUACCGCAGCACAACUCACCCGCGCGACGGCGAGAAGCAGCAGCAGCAGCAGCAGCGCACAAGCGGAGGACAGCCGCCAAUACGUGCGAGCGACCCGUUUCCCGAAGUAAGGAGCCCCGUUGUUUACCCAAGCGAGCGCCAACCGCGGCGUCUGGUCAAGAAGAGCCGCCCGGCAUCCUCACCGGCCGUGGCACCGACGUUCCACAACCCCUCGCGCUACGAAUCGACCGUCGUCACCCGGUGCUACGCGGGACCGACAGGCGAGCCAGCCCUGCCGCCGCCACUCCCGCCACCUUCCAUGGCCGAGCUCCCGGGUUCGCACCGGAUGCAGGGGUCGGGCCCUGUCCAGACGUCCCGGGGGGAGCCGGCAGCGAAGCUCGGGCUGCCGGCCGACUUUUGCGCGCUCGAGAGCAUCGGGCCGGAGCUGGCGGCGGCGCGGUACAAGCUGGGCAUGUGCUGCGACUGCGGGUCGUCUCCGGCGCGGCAGGGCCAGCCGACGUGCGACUGGUGCGGCGAGACGCGGCGGAGGAUGUUCGUGGCGGCGCCGUCGCACACGUCGUCCAUGUCUGUGUUUCGGCCGUCGUCCGUCUACGGGACCAUGUCGCCGUACGACCACGACGACGACGACGACGUCACCACCAUACUCACGCAGACGGCGUCCGAGGUCGUCGAGGAGAGGAAGUCUGUGCGCGUGCCGGCGCAGCUGCGCCCGCUGCAGCCGGUCGCGGGGGGUUAUGAGCCCAGCCAUACGCAGCAGUAUCAGAUCCAGUUUCAACAGUACAAGCAGCUGUAUGAGAACAAAAAUCAGGACGAGCAACCGUACCGGAAGCAAGCAGCACCAUCAACGCCGCCACGGAAACAACAGCAGCAGCAAAAACCGCCGAGCCAACCACAAGCACAACCAAAACAACAGCACCCGGGCCGGUCGCAACCCAAACCUAAGCAGCGACACAAGAGCCAGCCACCAGUAACACCGCCAGCACAGACAGCACCGCCAGUACCAUCAGCAGCGCUCGUGACGCCAGUACAAGCUCCAGUACCAGUUCCAGCAUCAGCACCAGUUCCAGCACCAGCGCCAGCACCCGCACCUGCACCUGCACCUGCACCUGCACCAGCGCCACCAGUACCGCCAGUACCAGAGCUACCAGCACCGGUUCUACCGCAACAACAACAGCAGCAACAAUACAGACAACAAUAUCCGAAUCAAUUACAACAAUAUCAAAGCCAACUACAACAUUACCCGACCCAAUUGCAACAAUUCCCAAACCAGCUACAACAAUUCCCAAGCCAGCUACAUCAAUAUCCCAUCCAACUGCAAUACCCCAGCCAACUGCAACAGCAUCCAACCCAACUACAACAAUAUCCAAAGCACCAGUACCCAAGCCAACCGCCUCCUCAAAACAGGCAGCAGUACCCGACCCAAUUCCAGCUGAAGCAACAGUACCAGCAGACACAACUCCAAUAUGCGCAGGAAUACCAGAAUCGACACGAACAGCAACUGCAACAGCAGCUUCAGCUGCAGCUGGAACAACGACUGCAACAGCAUCUACAGCAGCACCAGCAGCACCAGCACCAGCACCAGCACCAGCACCAGCACCAGAACCAGAACCAGCACCAGCACCAGCAACAUCAGUACAAGCAGGACUACCAGGUCACAUACUGUCCUCAAUGCCGCGGACCAAAGGAAGCGCCAAGGCAGCAGCUGUGUGAUCACUGCUACGCCGCGAGCUUCCAUCAGUGGGCGCAUAGGAGGUGGUGA